AAGAAGAAGACCAGAUAGCUGCUUUAUUUAUCAGAGGAGACCAUGCAUCAGGUUUAGGUUCUAUUUAUUGAUUUGACUCAGUAUUUUAGAAGUUGUUUCUUUUGUUUAAUAUUUAGAUAUAGAGCACAUGUGGAAAUGGCCGCAAAUCCGCCCGGACAAGUAUUUCAAAACAAAAACAGGGUUGCUAUUCUAGCUGAGCUGGAUAAGGAGAAGAAACGCCUGAUCCAGAGUCAGUCAAUGAAUAAUCCAGGAGCCAGCAUUCCACUCUCUAGACCAGCAGUAAAUAAAGAGUUCAGGGAUCAGGCCGAACAGCAGCACAUUGCAGCACAGCAGAAAGCAGCUUUACAGCACGCACAUGCACACUCGUCAGGCUUCUUCAUCACUCAGGAUUCCUCCUUUGGUAACCUCAUACUGCCUGUUUUACCAAGACUCGACCCGGAGUCUUGAUUAGUUUUGAUCAAAUAUGCUACUCUGACAUGGACUUGCUAGAUUACUUUAAUUUUUUUCAUGAAAUUUUUUUU